UCUGCCACCUCUAUCUUCAUUGCGCAAAAGAAGCAGAGCUAUACAGUUAACAAAAGAGUAAAUAGAAGAUGGUCCUUGCAAAGGAAAUUAUGGGCUCUUCCUCAAAAUUCUUUCUGCACAGUAACAGUUUUCAACAUAAGCUAGGGGUCAAUCCUAACUUGGUUCCCAUGGAAAACAGAAUAAGAGUACUAAUGAGGUUGAGGAAAGGUGCAAAGUUUCCAGUGGCAGCUAUCAGUGAGGAUUUGGUUAAGGCCUCUGUUCAUGCUGAGAAACCAGUGCAAUUCAAGGUUAGAGCUGUGGUGACAGUAAGGAACAAAAUCAUAGAGGAUUUCAAAGACACCAUGUGGAAGCAUUUGGAUGCCAUCAAUGAUAGGAUAGGAACAAGAAAUGUGGCGUUGGAGCUUAUCAGCACUGAGAUUGAUCCCAAAACGAAAUCUCCAAAGAAGAGCAAAGAAGCAGUGCUGAAGGACUGGUCGAAGAAAUUCAACGUGAAAGCAAAGAGAGUUAAUUAUAUAACUGAAUUCAUUGUUGACUCCAAUUUUGGGGUCCCUGGAGCUAUCUCUGUGACUAACAAACACCAAAGAGAGUUCUUCUUGGAAAGUAUAACCAUCGAAGGGUUUGCCAGUGGACCAGUUCAUUUCCCCUGUAAUUCAUGGGUCCAAGCUACAAAGGAUCAUCGCGGAAAGAGGAUAUUCUUUUCAAACAAGACAUAUUUACCUGGAGAUACACCUAGUGGGCUAAGAGUAUUGAGGGAGAGGGAGCUGAUAAAUCUUAGAGGUGAUGGGAAAGGAGUUAGAACACUAUCUGAUAGAAUAUAUGAUUUCGAUACAUACAAUGAUCUGGGAAAUCCAGAUAAAGGAGUUGACCUAACGAGACCUACUCUUGGUGGAUCCCAAAACCAUCCAUUCCCAAGACGCUGUCGUACUGGACGCGCCCCCACUGAUACAGAUAUGCAUGCUGAGAGUCGAGUGGAGAUGCCACUGCCUAUGUACGUACCAAGAGACGAGCAAUUCGAUGAGUCUAAGCGGAACACAUUCGUCAUCAAGAGGCUCAAGGCAGUGCUCCAUAACUUGAUCCCUGGCCUUAAGGCUACUCUUUCUGCUAGUAACCACGAUUUCAACCGAUUUUCAGACAUAGACGACCUUUACAGUGAUUUGCAAGAUGAGAUCUUCUCAUUGCCACAAGUGGUCACCAAGAUGCAAGAAUGCAGCCGGGGACUUCUUAAGUAUGACAUCCCCAAGAUUAUUUCUAAGGACAAGUUUGCCUGGCUGCGAGAUGACGAAUUCGCCCGGCAAGCAGUAGCAGGAAUCAAUCCUGUUAACAUUGAGGGGCUUAAAGUUUUCCCACCGGUAAGCAAGCUUGACCCGGAAAUAUAUGGCCCCCAAGAGUCUGCACUUAAAGAAGAGCACAUUCUAGGACAGCUUAAUGGCAUGACUGUGCAACAGGCAAUAGUGGAAAAUAAGCUGUUUAUGAUAAAUUACCAUGAUGCCUAUCUUCCAUUUCUUGACGGAAUCAAUGCCCUUGAUGAUAGAAAAUCUUACGCUACACGCACCAUCUUUUUCUUGACACCCCUUGGCACUCUCAAGCCUAUUGCCAUUGAACUUAGCCUCGGUCCCGGUUCCAGUUCAAAACGCGUAGUUAUCCCUCCUGUGGAUGCAACUACCAAUUGGAUGUGGCAGCUUGCCAAGGCUCAUGUUUGCGCCAAUGAUGCUGGCGUGCACCAACUUGUUAACCACUGGUUACGUACGCAUGCCUGCAUCGAACCAUUUAUAUUGUCUGCUCAUAGGCAAUUAAGUGCAAUGCAUCCUAUUUUCAAGCUGUUGGAUCCACACAUGAGGUACACAUUGGAUAUCAAUGCUUUAGCUCGUCAGAAACUUAUCAAUGCUGAUGGAAUUAUUGAGUCUUGCUUUACUCCUGGCCGCUAUUGCAUGGAGAUCAGUUCUGCUGCAUACAAAAAUAUGUGGCGCUUUGACAUGGAGGGUCUCCCUGCAGAUCUCAUACGCAGGGGAAUGGCGGUGCCUGACCCAUCACAACCAAAUGGUCUAAAGCUCCUAAUAAAAGACUACCCUUAUGCAGCGGAUGGGCUUCUGAUCUGGUCUGCAAUUGAGAACUGGGUCCGCACCUAUGUGAACCACUACUACAGGCAUUCAAACCUGAUUUGCAAUGACAAAGAGCUACAAGCUUGGUACACUGAGUCAAUCAAUGUGGGCCAUGCUGAUCUAAGGCAUGAAAGCUGGUGGCCCACAUUGAAUAAUAGGGAGGAUCUUGUGUAUAUCCUUACCACCUUGAUUUGGACGGUGUCCGCACAACAUGCAGCUCUUAAUUUUGGGCAGUACCCUUAUGGAGGUUAUGUACCAAAUCGUCCUCCGUUGAUGCGAAGAUUAAUCCCAGAAGAGAGUGAUGAGGCAGAAUAUGCGAAUUUCUUAGCAGAUCCGCAAAAGUAUUUCCUAAAUGCGUUGCCCAGUUUGUUACAAGCGACAAAAUAUAUGGCUGUGGUUGACACACUCUCUACUCACUCACCUGACGAGGAGUAUCUGGGAGAACGGCAACAGGCAUCCAUUUGGUCAGGUGAUGCAGAGAUUAUUGAGGCAUUCUACAGGUUCUCCGCAGAGAUCAGAGGGAUAGAGAAGGAGAUUGAGAUAAGGAACUGUGAUCCAACUCUCAGGAACCGUUGUGGCGCUGGAGUGUUGCCUUAUGAGUUACUUGCACCUACCUCUCCACCUGGCGUUACAUGUAGAGGGGUUCCUAAUAGCGUGUCCACGUAAACACCACCUAUACGCCUUCGCCUUGCUGUGCGCCACAAUCCCAACAAUUUUCAUCUUCAUAAGAAUUUAGGAUAGAUCCCUUGACCAUUAUUCAAGGCAUUAAUGAUCACACGAGAAAAAAUGUAGCAUGUGUUAUAUUUGUUAGAAAUUUGGAAUAUAUAUACAUAUACACACACAUUUCAAUAAAACAAAAUUACUUU